AAUAACCCUCAAGGCCAACUCCGAAGGACCUUGUUCUUAUCUUCCCACUUGGAUCGUCCUCUCCUUCCCUUAAUAUUCUCCGCAGUCAAGGGUCAGGGUUUGAAGAAACACGCUAGGGUUUGGGUUUUCCUUCCGAAAGGGCAUCUCGCAGCUGCUAAAUGAAAUUUUUUGAUUUAUUUCCCCUUUUUGGUUGAUUUUCCUUCAGAUUCUUGAUCCCAGGACGAACCUAGGGUUUCCAGAAUCGGCCAUCUCUCAAGAUCGGCUACAUCUACGGUUAGGGUUUUGGAUUUGGGGGGCGGCGGUAGCCAUGAGUGUCCAUCCGGCUCCUAAGAAGCGGAACAUCACGUUCCGGUACGACGUCGGUGCCGCCCUCUCGGCGGCUGAGGUGGUCGUGCUUGGCCGGCAGAAGAAGCUCCGCCGCCUGCCCCACAUCUUCAGCAAGGUCCUCGAGCUUCCCCUCGCAGCCGACGCCGACGUCGCCAUCCACGAGGGUCCCGACGACUUCCGCUUCGUCGCCGCCGCCGGUGACCUCGCCGGCGGAACCUUCCGGGCUUACGCAGUCCGGAUCCACCCCGGUGUGAUGAAGGUUGUGGUCCGGGGUGACGGGCCCGCUGGCAGCGGCGGGGACGCUGGUCGGGACCUGGACGACCUCGAGCUCGACCGGUGGAGGUUCCGGCUCCCGCCGUGCACCAGGCCGGCGUUGGCUAUCGCCAGUUGCGUCGAUGGAGAGCUCGUGGUGACUGUUCCGAAGGCCAAGGACCCCGAUGAGGAGGAGGGUGAGGAGGAGGAUGGAGGAGAAGCAGAGCUGUGGGGUCAACAGGAGAAAGGGGAUCUCAGAGGCAAUGGAGGCAUCAGCCGGCUUGUCUUUGUACAGUAAUAUGCUUCACUUCUCUUUAAAGAUAAAGAUGGUUCUUUUGGAUCAUGGAUGGACUCUUUGUUAUAUGGUUCUCAGUUCGAUUGAAGAGCCUUUGAUGUAAUUAUAUAAGGUGUUUGUUGUGUUUACUUUGCAAUUAGCUAGUCAAGUUCAUUCUUUUGACCUCAUCUCUCUGUCAAGGAAGUGGGGAAUUUUUGUGGCCCCAUCUGCAUUGAACUAGUAGCCCUUGGUUGUCAAAUGGAAGCAUCAACUUAUGCCUGUAUAUAUAUUGAAUUUGGGUUUCAUAGGAGAAGUUUGGGUAUGAUUUAGUUCUCUUUCAUGUCCCAACUAGAACUCCUCCACCAUCUAGAUCAUUCUCAUUCUAUAAUUUUCUCGAGAAAAAGUUGUUUUUCU